AUGGUGAAGAUAUUCGUUGGGAACCUAAAUCCAGAAUCCAAAGCUUCUGAUCUCCGCAAAAAAUUUGAAGCCUUUGGGAAGGUUACGGAAUGUGAUGUUGUCAAUAAUUAUGGCUUCGUGCAUAUGGAAAAAGAGUCUGAGGCUGAAGCUGCAAUAGAAGGACUUCAAAAUGCCAUUCUUGAUGGGGUGAAAAUUAAUGUUGAACGCAGCCACGGGAAACGAGGUGGUGGUCCCGGGCCUACUAGACGUAGAAAUGAUGGGCGUUAUCGGGAUUAUCCACCGGAAAGGGGACCACGUGCGCCACCACGUUACAUGAAUUCCGGCCCACCUCCCCCGCGAAUGGGACGUUAUGGUCCGGCUUGGGAUGAUGGGUAUGGAGGGCCCUACGGACCACCACCACGUAACAGCUCUAGAGGUUACGAUUAUCCCCCAAACGGUGCCAAUGGAAGGUAUCCGCCAAUUGACCGUGGAGAACAACACAGACCACUCCCACGUGGUCCAGCCCGUGACCAGCUGCCGCUACCACCUAAUGUGGGAUAUCGUGGGCCUCCAGUCCCUGAGCCUAUACCAUCGUCUCGAGAUUAUCCUCCAAAACCUCCCCCAAUCAGACAAAGUUACGAUGUGUACGGUGAAUUUGACCGGUACCGGGAGCCAAUAACACCAUCAGGUCCUCCACGUGCAAACGAUUAUUAUGAUACAUACGGCAGCUAUAGCAGCGGAAACUACGAAGACUAUAGAGAUAACGAUAGAUCAAUGUCUAAUUACGAUUCGGGAUACGAUUACAGUUACUAUGACUAUGGGAUGGAUAGCAGAUCACCGGUUCCACCAAGAUCAGGGUACAGCUACGGUCGCCCCUAA